AUGCGUCUCCAAAAGGGCGCUUCUACUUUGGCCCUGGCUACCGCUGCCUCUGCCACCUCUCUUACUGAUGUGUGCACUGUUGCCAAUGUCAAGUCUGCUUUGCCUGCUAAUGGCACUAUCCUGGGUAUUAAUGUGAUUCCCUCCCUCUCAACCGCCAACACUGUCUACAAUGCUAGCGGCAGCUCUGCAAUGGGUACCACUUCUAGCUCUAGCGAGACAUACAACUACUGCAAUGUCACUGUGACCUACACCCACCCCGGCAAGGAUGACACUGUUGUCGUCAACUAUGCUCUCCCCGAGCCAUCCGACUACAAGAAGCGUUUCUACGUCGCCGGUGGUGGUGGUUACACCCUCAACACCGAUACAACCGGUGGUCUCGAGUACGGUGCUGUUGCAGGUGCUACUUCCGCUGGCUACGAUGCUCUAGACGGUAUCACCUAUGACGAGGUUAACUUGAAGGGCAACGGGUCUAUCAACUGGGACGCUACAUACAUGUUCAGCUACCAGGCUCUCGGUGAGAUGACCAAGCUAGGCAAAUACUUCACCAAGGGAUUCUACGGCGACUCCACCAGCUCAAAGCUCUACACCUACUACGAGGGAUGCUCCGACGGUGGUCGUGAGGGUAUGUCCCAGAUCCAGCGCUACGGCGACGAAUACGACGGUGCUAUUACCGGUGCCCCUGCUUUCCGCUACGGCCAACAGCAGGUGAACCACCUCUACCCCAAUCUCGUCGAGCACACACAAGGCUACUUCCCUCCCCCCUGUGCUCUGGCUAAGAUCGUCAACGCCACAAUCGCCGCCUGCGAUCCCCUCGACGGCCGUACAGACGGCGUCAUCGCCCGUUCCGACCUGUGCAAGCUUAACUUCAACAUGUCCUCUAUCAUUGGUGAGAAGUACUACUGUGCCGCUGAGACCGCCACGUCCCUCGGCUUUGGCUUCAGCAAGCGCGCCGAAGGAAGCACAUCCAGCUACGAGCCCGAACAAUCUGGCUCCGUCUCUGCGAAGGAUGUAGCCGUUGCCCAGGCUAUCGUGGACGGUCUCCACAACUCAAAGGGUGAGCGCGGAUAUCUAUCCUGGCAAAUUGGUGCUGAGUUCAGCGACGCCGCGACACAAUGGAACAACAACACCAAGGAGUGGGAGCUGGAUAUCACCUCUCUCGGUGGAGAAUUUGUUACCAAGUUCGUUGAACUUGUGGACCUUGAUAACCUCUCUACCCUCGAAGGAGUCACCUACGACACAAUGGUCGAAUGGAUGAACACCGCUAUGGUCCGAUACAUGGAUUCUCUCCAAACUACCCUUCCAGACCUUACCACCUUCCAGCAAUCAGGUGGUAAAUUAAUCCACUACCACGGUGAACAAGACCCCAGUGUCCCCACCGCUUCAUCAAUUCACUACUGGCAAUCCGUCAAGUCGAUCAUGUACCCCGGCGUCUCUACCUCCAAGGCCGUCUCCGAUCUAAAGGAGUGGUACCAGCUCUACCUGAUUCCUGGCGCUGCUCACUGCGGCACUAACACCUUGCAGCCUGGACCUUACCCCGAGGAUAACAUGGAGAUUAUGAUUAACUGGGUUGAGAACGGUGUUCAGCCUACUCGUCUUAACUCUACUGUCUCUUCUGGUCAGUAUGAGGGUGAGACUCAGAUGUUGUGUCAGUGGCCUUCUCGUCCUUUGUGGAAGAACAACGCUACCUUUGACUGUGUCUUUGACAAGGCUUCGUAUGAGAGCUGGACUUAUGAGUUCCCUGCUUUCAAGGUGCCUGUUUACUAG